UCAGCGCCGCACACACCUCUUCCGGGGGGCGGGGCCGCGGGCGGUGACGGGAGAUGUAGUCUCUGCCAGACCCCGCCCCCUCCAGACUCCGCUCCUCCCGGCGGACGGCGAGUGACCCGGAGCGGAGAAGACGGAGGACCCGGAGGUGGGCGUGUCAACGGUGGUGUCCCCGCCCACUUCCUGCCCGACCAACCACACAGAAACCAACCGAGGAGGCAUGACGGGUCCAUGAUGCCUCAGUGCCCGGCGGCCGGCAGCAGCGAUGACCCCGAAGUGACGGACGGCUCCCGGGACAGACGGGUCGGUGGGUGUGAUGGGACCCGGCCGGAAUACUCUCUGCUCAUUGAUCACACAGAACAUGGGACCGCCUCCCGCCGCCACCAUGAGGAGGAGGGGUCACAGGGCACAGGGGGCGGGCCCAGGAAUAACGAGAGCCGCCCUGUACAGGGCACAGUGCCGUCUCCGUUCCGGAGGAGCCCAGAAUGGGGCGUGACCCGACACCACAAGCCUCAGGACGACGCGCUCUCAACGAGCGAGUCACCGCGCGAUCCGACCGGACCGACGGAGUCACCGCGCGCUCAGAGCUCGUGGCCCCGCCCACAGAUCUCCGCACAGGCUGUGGACCCCCAAAAAACGACAUGUCCUCUCUCAUCUGCCACCCCCUCUCCACGUGUGUCCCCAUGCAGCACACGGACUAUGGUUGUCACCCCGCAGCCAGGAGUCAGUCAGCAGAUUGUUCUGAACUUCCGGGAGCAGGGCGAUGGCCUCACGCUGGACGGUGUGCCCCCUGGAGCCGUGUCUCAGUGUCAUGUUGGAUGCCACGUAUCGCAGCGAGUGGCCAAGCAGAUUGUCCUCAUCUUUGUGAAUCAGCCGUGUGCGUCGGGCAAGCAGACGUGUUCCAGAGCAUGUGGAGGUCCCGCCCGUACCGUGGACGCCAGUACCCAGACCAGCGGCGGCACGUGUCAUCCACAUUCUGACAGACGUUCUCCACCCAAGUCACCUCAUCGGUUUGUUCGGAAUCAGAGCUGCAGCACACAGACUGAGUGUGAUAGAAGACCUGAAAUACCGGAACGUUUCCCCAUCCAUGUGAAUGUCUCUUCCAUGUCACCCCAGGUGUCCCAGCGGACAUCCAACUCCACUCAGACUGAAUGUACACACAGAGUACCGGAGCUCCCUUCAUCCUCAUGUUAUGCACAAACGAUAUUUCAGGAGGGGGAGGGAGCACCGGGCCUGGCCUUUGUACGGGGGCAGGGAAUAUCAACGCCUUCCUCCAGUCUAGAUGAUUUUUCUAAAACGUGUCUUGGCUCUGCGGACACAUUGACCAAUAGCUGGACAGACAAGACCAGGAAGUGUGAGAACCUCAGCGCUCCACUCCCAGUCCUGGGGGGACAGGACCCACCAGAACGCUGUCUGGAUUAUGAACAAUCUUCACUCUUCAGCUGUCAGACCAAAGUGUCCAAUAGAUCAAGGGAUCUCACCGAUUCACCCUCUGAUGUCUCUACCUCCUGUCCACCUGCACCAUGCAAGGAGCCCUUCAAAACCACAACCUCUCAUGGCCAGACUGUUGGAAGACAUGGCAACCUGGACCAACAACCAUCUUUUGAGAAACCCAUGGAAACCACCAUCUCUGAUGAAGAAACUUCUAUCAUACAUAGAGAACUGAACCAUCAACUGUUUAUUGAGAAACCCAUGCAAACCACCACCUCUGAUGGCCAAUCUGCAGGAAGACAUGGCGACCCGAACCAACAACUGUCUAUUGAGAAACCCAUGGAAACCACCACCUCUGAUGGCCAAACUGCAGGAAAAAAAAGCGACCUGAACCAACAACCGUCUAUUGAGAAACCCAUGGAAACCACCACCUCUGAUGGCCAAACUGCAGGAAAAAAAAGCGACCUGAACCAACAACCGUCUAUUGAGAAACCCAUGGAAACCACCACCUCUGAUGGCCAAACUGCAGGAAGACAUGGCGACCUGAACCAACAACCGUCUAUUGAGAAACGCAUGGAAACCACCACCUCUGAUGGCCAAACUGCAGGAAAACAUGGCGACCUGAACCAACAACCGUCUAUUGAGAAACCCAUGCAAACCACCACCUCUGAUGGCCAAUCUGCAGGAAAAAAUGGCGACCUGAACCAACAACCGUCUAUUGAGAAACCCAUGGAAACCACCACCUCUGAUGGCCAAACUGCAGGAAAAAAUGGCGACCUGAACCAACAACCGUCUAUUGAGAAACCCAUGGAAACCACCACCUCUGAUGGCCAAACUGCAGGAAGACAUGGCGACCUGAACCAACAACCGUCUAUUGAGAAACCCAUGGAAACCACCGCCUCUGAUGGCCAAACUGCAGGAAGACAUGGCGACCUGAACCAACAACCGUCUAUUGAGAAACCCAUGGAAACCACCGCCUCUGAUGGCCAAACUGCAGAAAGACAUGGCGACCUGAACCAACAACCGUCUAUUGAGAAACUCGCGGAACCCACCACCUCUGAAGAAGAAACUUCUAUAAUACAUGGAGAACUGAACCAGAAACCAUCUAUCAAGAACCCCAUGGAAACCACCACCUCUGAUGGCCAAACUACUGGAAGAUAUGGUGACCCGAACCAACAACGGUCUAUUGAGAAACCCAUGGAAACCGCCAGCUCUGAUGAAGAAACUUCUAUAAUGCAUGGAGAACUAAACCAACGACCAUCUUUUGAGAACCCCAUGGAAACCACCACCUCUGACGAAGAAAUUAAUAGAAUACAUGGCAACCUGAACCAACAACCUUUUAGUGAGGAAGUCAUGGAAAACGCCUCAUUUGAUGGCCAAACUGCUCAAAAUCACAGCAACCAUCUCCUGGAUACAUCCCCCCACAUACCCAGCUCCCACACCCAGACUGACCAAUCCAAGGAGUGCCCAUGUGUCCCCGGAAAAAAGCCUCCAGGCUUAAGGGAAGAAAAGCCAAAGAUUACCGAUGACCCCGCAUUGAUUGGCCUCGAUAGACGUGAACCAGAAGAACCUUCAUGUUCCUCUCCAUCCAAUCACAGCCAGAAGUCGCCUGGAACUUCCUGUCUGUCGCCAUCUUUAACCCAGUAUUUGGAUAACCUGCUGGAACAGCACAGGAUGUCUCUGAAUGAAGAUGUGCAUCACCAGAAGAGCCCAUCCCCCUCUUCCCUCCCAGGUUCCUGUGCUCCACCCCAGCCUCAUGUCCGACAGAUCAUAUUGAAUUUCCUGGAGAAAGAGAGCAGGCCAGUCAACGCGGAUGUCUCCAAUCCUAACAUUUCUAAACGAACGUCUUCUUCAUUAAAGAUCAUGGCAGGAGAUCAGAAUAUCUCCCACCCAGCUAGUGACCAGUCCUCUUCAUUAAUGAGCAUGUCAGAGAGUCAGAAUGUGCCCAACCUUGGCAUAUCCUUACCAACAAGCAUGCCAGGUGAUCAGGAUGUGAAUAAACCUGGCAAUUCUGAAGACUUGCUAUCCUCAGUAUUAACAAUCAAAGCAGGUGAUCCGGGUGUCCCCGAGCCAAGCAACGGGAGCGACAUGUCCUCUUCUGAACAAAUAACGAGCAGGCCAUUGAGUCAGGAUGACGGCGGUCCUGGCGCUGCGUUACCUUUAUUGAUAACCAGCAUGGCUGUGAAUCAGGAUGUCCUGGGACCUGGUAGCAGUAAAAACCCACCUUCAGUGUCAUUGAGCGAGGCAGCUAUUCAGGAUGUCCCCAGACUCGGCACUGCCAGCUCCUUGUCAUCGUCAGAAUUAACGCACAAACCGGAGAAUCCUGAUGUAGCUGCUUCUGUCACCUCCUGUAUCUCCUCCUCUUCUGCCUUAACGAACGACAAGCCAGUUCACCAGGAUGUCCCCGGCCCUCCGGAUAUGCCAUGCACUGCAGUAUUAAGCAAGCCAGAGCAUCAGGAUUUUCUCAGUUCUGGCACAGCUAGCGACUCUUCUUCACAAACGACAAGCAUGACAGUGACUCAGGAUGUCCCCGGCCCUCCGGAUAUGCCAUGCACUGCAGUAUUAAGCAAGCCAGAGCAUCAGGAUUUUCUCAGUUCUGGCAUAGCUAGCGACUCUUCUUCACAAACGACAAGCAUGACAGUGACUCAGGAUGUCCCCGGCCCUCCGGAUAUGCCAUCCACUGCAGUAUUAAGCAAGCCAGAGCAUCAGGAUUUUCUCAGAUCUGGCACAGCUAGCGACUCUUCUACACAAACGACAAGCAUGACAGUGACUCGGGAUGUCUCCAGGACUGGUACACCCAGUGACAUCACAGCUUCUGACUCUCCUUCAGUAUUAAAUAGCAGGCCGGUGAUUCAGGAUAUCUCUGUUAGUGACUCUAUAACGCGCUCGCCAUUGACUCAGGAUGUGUCUAGUUCUGACACCUUUGCACACACAGGAUCUUCUCAUAUACGAAACAUACCAGGCAGUAAGGAUGUCCCUGAGACUGGCGUAUCAUCUUCUGUUUUAAUAAGGAGCCACCCCGAGGAAGCUCAGGUCGGGGAUGAGGCUCCGGAGGAGGUAAUGGAGUCCGAAGACAGGCCUGAGAAUCCGCUGUGCCAGCCGCAGAGACCCCCGAAGAGCCACAGCUGCCCGGCUCUGGUAUUGGAAGCUGUGACACAGGAGGUGGAGCUCCGGCUCCCAUUGACUGAUCCUGAAGAGAUGGUGGGACCUCUGCGGAAAUAUUCCGGGGUAGAAAAUGAGCUGACCUUCGAUGACAUUGCGGUGUAUUUCUCCAAGGAGGAGUGGGAGGUUCUGGAGGGUCCUCAGAAGGGUCUCUACUGCCAGGUCAUGAUGGACAAUUAUCGCUCUCUGGACUCUCUCGGAUUCCUAUUGGAUAAGCCUGGUCUGAUAUCGCGGAUAGAGGAUGAAGAGGCGGAGCUCUGGGAGGACGGCGGCGGCAGGUUCAGUCUUGGCGAAGGGGGUCUGCCGCCUUUCCCAGCCCGGUGUACCACCGAUGUCCCAUCUCUAGACGAGGAUAAGGGGACUCCGGGGACUGUGGGGGGAGAGUCGGCUAAGAGCAGCAGUCACCUGGGGGCGCUAAUGAGGCUGGUAAAUGAGAUCCCGGGCUUCCUGCUGGGCGGCUCCUCUCCUGGCCAGAAUAUGGAGGACGCUGAUAACAUCCGAUCGUGUUCUGAAGUGAAAACCGAGGAGAGCUCCCCGUCCUGCACCCCAGUAUCUGUUCACACUCAGCGACUCGGAGAGACCCCCGAAUCUUCCAGUCCCCGAGCCCAGUGGGGUCUAGAGAAGAGCAACCAUCCCCCGACCUAUUCCAAAGCAGAAGAAGUGGAGAUUCCAAUCCAUCCGCCCUACAGACAGAGCCAACCUGUCCGACACCCUCACCCUCACCCUCACCUACCUCAUAUCAAGAGUGAGCCCGGCGCCUGCACUGGGGCCUCGCCGCCCCGACAGCUGCACAUUAAACAAGAGGAGCUCCCCGUGACCUGCAGCCCGGCUGGUGGUGUUCCUGGGAAGCAGAGCGAUGUCCCACUCAUAAAGAUCAGGUCAUCCCUCUUAUACAAGCACCCUACGCCUGGAUCCUGGGAGUGUCGCCCCGCAGACAGCGGCAGACAAGACGAGGAGAAUAGAUGGCCGUCUCUUCCAGCCGGAUCCUUUCCCCGGAAUAUCAGCGCAUCACCAACUUCUCUGUCCGAUGGCGCCAGCAGCGUGGCUCUGAAGGAUCUGCAUAUAAAGAUCAAACAAGAGGAUUCUGGGAGUGAGCGGGACCCGACGGAAUCGCCAAUUUGUGGAAGAAAAGUCCCCAGCUCUCCGAUGGCUCCAUCUCCCGGCAUGUUGGAACACCUUAGACUGGGAGCCUCGCCCAGGAGGUCCACCAUGGACAGGAAGAGUCCCCGCCCCCAAGAAAUCUCACCUGGGAGGUCCCAUCUGCACGGUCUGGUGAAUUGUCUAAAAGAGAUCUCAGCUAGCCGCCCGUGGGCGCAACCCCAUGCUCCGCCCCCUGCAGAUCCCUCCCGUGGGGUGAAGAGGGCGGCUCUGGACUCUUCCAGCCCCUCCCGUGUGGUCAGCGUCUUGUGGAGACCCCCGGAUGAGAUUCUGAAGGAUGAACCGUAUACCACGACCGGCGGGUCACCCAACCCCUUCACCGUGGCCGUGACCAAUGGGUCCUCCCGAAAGAGAGGCUCAGAGGCCAAGAUGGCGGACUCUGUCAGAUCAAGAGUUGCAGAGCCACCAGCAGGCGGCGCUCUGAUCUCCAUGAAAUGUCCGGAUCGGGUCCACACGUGGCCCCCUGGGGGGCAGAAUGCGGCCGGCGGCGGAUUCCUGAAAACGGAGGAGCCGCCGCGCAGGGCGGAACUGGGGGUGAAGAGAACGCACUCUGACGAUCCCCCCUGCCCGUCGGUGAAGAGGCCGGCCCUGGACCCCACCAGCCCCUCUCGAGCUGUCGGCACUUUGUGGAUCCCUCCAGAUGAUGGAAAAUGUCCUCUGAUGAGCGUGAGGAACUGUGUGAGGAAGAUCCCCAGCUGCUGGGCACCCCCUCCUCCUGUACGUGGCCCUGCCCCCACCUCCACUGUCCCUGAGCCCUGCCACACCCGCAUCGGCACACAAGGUGGCGGCAUCCCGGUGAAGGUAGAGGUGAAGGAAGAGAAGAGUCCGAGCCCCAUACCUACACCCACCAGACAAUGGGCCCCGCCCACUGGGAGCCCCAGCAGUCCUGACCAAUCAGGAACACCAUCCACAAGCAUCCAUCUCAGUGGCCUUAGGAGACUCAUGGAGGAGAUCCCGGUGGCGGAAUCCAGCAGCUCUUCCCGCGCUAUGUACAACAUCGCCAUCGGACACUCCAUGAUGAGGAGACACGACAGAACCAACUUCCUGUCCUACUACAACGAUGACGGCAUCUUCCAGGCCGAGCUGAACGAUAACACGGUGGCGUCUGUGGAUUCGGUGUACAGCGAUGAUACCAGCUUGUCCUCCGAGAACUUGGAUCCCUCGUAUUCAGCGAUCGGUGGGAUGCAGCGGGUGGUGAGCGAGUUCGCAGAGCUGGGCUCGGUCAGUCCUUUGGUGGCGGUUUCCGUACCGCCGUCCUCCGGCGCCCAGGAAGGACAUGGAAUGAAGGCCAGGGAGCCGACACCCGGUUCCGCUCCUCGUCUGAACGAUGCCGGGAGGGGGUCGCAGAGGGGGAUGCUGGUGAGCAGGGCGAGCGCCUGUUCCACUGAGAAUGGGGAGGCUGCGUACGCGGCGCUGUGCGGACUGCAGAAGGUCGUCCGCGGCUUCAACGAGCAGGAAUGUGUGAGCCCCUUCACAGCGGUGCGGAGCGCCCCCCAUCAUGGCGGCGGCCCGCGGGAGAGUCUGACCAAGAGAAGCUUCACCCAGGAGGAGGAAGGGGAAUCUCCACAGCUUCCGGAUUCUUCUCCAGCGCUGACCACUCGUUUCCUGUGUGAGGGGUCCUGGCUCCCCAAUGCUGACUCCUCCUACUCUGCCCUCAGCGGACUCCAGAAGGUGGUGAAUGGCUUCUCUGAUCUCGGUUGUGUCAGUCCAUUCUCAGCAGUCAGCACAUCCGCCAGUGAAAGCGCCGUAGAAAUUUGCUCCCGGAAAAAGAGCGAACAGCCGGCCCUGGACGCCUCCUGUUCUGCUCUCUGUGGGGUGAAGAAGGUGAAUAAUGGGGUCCCUGACAGCAGCUGUGUGAGUCCGGCCACGGCGUCUAGCAACCCUUCCAGUGUGGGAGAGCCGGACCCCGGUGUGAGGAGGAGAUGUGAGCAAAGCGAAGUCCACAGCGACUCUUCACGCUCUCAUGGACCAUCCAACACUCCGCAAAGGAAUCCUCCUCGACCCAGCGGUCAGUGUAUCGACCUGACGCAGGAGGAGGAGCCAGCAGGCGCUAAAGCCAGAACACCCAAUCAGGAGAAGCAUAGCUUCAGGAAUGACCGAACCCCAGAAGCGUCCGGCGGCCAGGCCACGAAGCCAAUGGGGGAGCGGAGCCGACCCCCCCCUGCCAGCUCCCAGCUCAUCGAUCUGACGGAGGAGGAGGAGGCGCCGCUCAGGCACAAAGUACCGAGCUCAGAGGCCGGCAGGAAGUCUCAUUCUGCCAAUCAACAUAAAGCCACUUCAGAAAGAAAGCACAGACCCUCCAUCACCGCAGCCAGGACACAGAGGGGGGGUGCAGACAGGCCGCUGGACCCGGGGCCCUCCGGAGCCCGCAGAGGAGGAGUCCCCACCGUAAAUGAACACAUCAGCGGCCUGGAGAAGCUGCUGAAAGGAGUGCCGACGUUUACCCCACCGAAUGCCCCCAGCGGGCAGAGGCGCGGCGGGAGCUGGUGGUUUAAAAGCACGUCCCCUCAUGAGACGUGAAAGGGCCGCAGUGAUCACCGUUGCUGGACAUGAAGGGCGAGGGAAUGGGCGUGAUCGUGACCUCACAAAAAGCAUUUUAUUGUAAGAGACCGAACAUUAAGGGGGGAUCCUGCCUAUCACACGGAUCUGCAGAUCUCACAAGGAGGAAAUCACUGACAAUCUCUGAGGGUUUACAGACAUUACCAAUCACCGGGAGAGACACCGGCCCGGGGGCCACAACAACCAGACCAGACGCAGAUAAGGGAGGGCAGCGUGGAUGUCCAAAGUGUUGGGGGGCGCUGCUCCAUGAACAUGAUUCCAAUAGAAGGCCAUCGGUGUGACAGACAAGGCUUCAGAUACGCCAUCUAUACUCUGCGUCACUCCGAGCCGCUAAGACAUGGCGGACACACUGCUUUUGGGCCCGCCUUUCUCAUCACCCAUCACAUGAUUCUAUGAUUCUUGAGCAUCAUUGGACUCUCAUGAUGUCAUCUCCUUCCCUGCUGUUUCUUGAACUGGUCUGAGCUACAAGGUGCGAAGACUCAUCCUGCAGAUGGCGCUGUUUUCAGAAAAGCACGGGAUCCUCUGGCCUCGCUCCUGUACCUGGCUCCGGACCCUCUGGCCUGGCUCCGGAUCCUCCGGCCUCGCUCCUGUACCUGGCUCCGGAUCCUCCAGCCUCGCUCCUGUAUCUGGUUUUGGAUCCUCUCCUUGCUCCUGUACCUGGCUCUGGAUCCUCCGGCCUCGCUCCUGUAUCUGGUUUUGGAUCCUCUCCUUGCUCCUGUACCUGGCUCUGGAUCCUCCGGCCUCGCUCCUGUAUCUGGUGUUGGAUCCUCUCCUUGCUCCUGUACCUGGCUCCGGAUCCUCCGGCCUCGCUCCUGUACCUGGCUCUGGAUCCAGUACCUGGCUCUGGAUUCUCUGGCCUCGCUCCUGUUUCUGGCUCUGGAUCCACCGCAGCUCACCCUGGCCCCCCCCCCAAUAUCGGCACUCUGCCAUAAACACGUUGUAGGCCAGGCGGCUUCAGAACUGUUACAGAAAUGUCUAUUUUUCUACAAGUCACUUUAUGUACAUAGAAGGAACGUCUGACUGCGACAAUCUGUACAGAUGUAUAGAACUCCAUCCCUCGGGAUAACAGGGUCUAACGCUACAGAGACUGAAUCUUACCGUGUAUAGAUUAUUUUGUGUGUUCCCGUUUUUUUUUAUAGUCCCGACUGAAACGUUUCUUACAUUUUACACCCAGCAGAUUUGGUGAUAUCUGGGUAUUGUGAAGGGGCCGGUAAAGUGCGGAUUAGAGGGCGGCUCAUGAAGAGGAGUUAUAUGUGACAUUCAGCAUUACAUAAAAGACGAGAUAUUAUUAUA